CUCCCUUCUAAAUCUGGCCCAUUAACAAUUUAAACUCUAACCAAAAUAGAUACUUGGCGUUACAAUGGUAACAAAUAAAACCUAUACUCGUACAUUGUUUCGCUUUGCCUGUUGAAACCAUAAAGGCAUGUUCAAAGCAUUUUCAAGCAAAUUUCUCGACACCCACCGUUUCCUCUUCCGCUUCCAACCUGCCGGACACCCGUCCCUCCUCCGCCGUAGCCUCGCAGUCAUGUCAGUUGCCGCCGUUAAGCGUGUGGGUACUCACAACGGAAGCUUCCACUGCGACGAAGCCCUCGGCUGCUUCAUGAUCCGCCUCACGAAGAAGUUCUCCGAAGCUCACAUCGUCCGCACCCGCGAUCCCAAGGUUCUUGAAACUCUGGACGCUGUGCUGGAUGUGGGUGGGGUCUACGACCCGGCCAAAGACCGCUACGAUCAUCACCAGAAGGGUUUUGAAGAGAUUUUUGGUCAUGGGUUUAAUACUAAGCUCAGUAGUGCUGGUCUUGUUUACAAGCAUUUCGGGAAAGAGAUAAUUGCUAAGGAGCUUCAAGUUGAUGAAGACCAUCCUGACGUUCAGCGGUUGUUUCUGGCAGUUUACAAGAACUUCAUGGAGGCGAUAGAUGCCAUUGACAAUGGAAUCAAUCAGUACGACACAGACCAGCCACCGAGAUAUGUGAAUAAUACACACUUGUCCUCACGAGUUGGGAAAUUGAAUCUAGAUUGGACAGAUCCUGAUCAGUCGUCUGAGAAGGAAAAUGGAGCCUUCGAACAAGCUAUGGCUUUGACUGGCCGUGAGUUCAUGGAUAAUGUUAGAUUUCUCGCUCGAUCAUGGCUACCAGCUAGGUCAAUUGUGAUGCAGUGCCUUGAGGCAAGGCUUGAUGUUGAUCCCAGUGGAGAAAUUAUGGUCUUGGAUCGAUUUUGUCCAUGGAAACUUCACUUAUUUGAGCUCGAGGAGGAGAUGAAGAUUAACCCUCCUAUUAAAUAUGUGCUUUAUGAGGAUGAGCGAAGCAAAAGUUGGCGAGUCCAGGCAGUGGCAAUGGCACCUGAUAGAUUUGAGAGCCGCAAGGCGCUUCCUGCUCAAUGGCGUGGCCUGAGAGAUGAUGAACUGUCUAGAGAGUCGGGGAUUCCCGGGGGCGUUUUUGUCCAUAUGAGCGGUUUUAUUGGUGGAAGUCAGACCUACGAGGGUGCACUUGCGAUGGCGAAAGCAGCACUGAAGCUCUGAUUGUGGAAGCAGCAAGUGCAACAGAGGUGAUAUGGUUAAUAUGCUGGGAUUUUUCUUCCUUGAUUUGGGAGUAAACGGCACGGGUCUUUAGUGUUUUCGUGUCUUUCACCUUGAGGGCAUAUCUGUCUUUAUUUCUUGAUGGCAUAUUUCAUUUUUGAGAGGCUGGAAAAUUACAGAGAGGAAGAGAAGCCAUUCAAUCUUGAAAGAAUUAUUAUGACAACAAUUUAUCUUUGAAUGUUGGAGAUGUUAAAAUUAUGUAUUUCAUAUUAUUAUUUAUGUUAAA